UGCCCAUUCCACUUUUCCCCAAACCCCAAUGCAUAUAAAUCCCCACCUUCCUCUCCAUUCCUCUCUUCAUACAAUUCCUCCUAGCCCAACAUACAAUUAUACACAAUGCCACUCUUUUUACACACUUCACUACUUCUAUCUUUCAUCAUGGUGGUGCUACAUCUAUCACCACCUUCCACCGCCGCCUCCGCCAACCACUCCGCGGCGGCGGCUAGCCCGAAGCUAUCGUUCCCGCCCAUGCAACACUUUGAUGUCAAACAAAGCAUUAGGGACACAAAGCUCAUGCAUGUAAACAAAAACAAAACCAAACAUCAUGCACGUGAAGAAGUCUAUGAAUAUACUGCAGCAAAAGAGACUAAUGUUGAUCGUUUUCAUGGAAAAUGGAAGCUGAGUUUACUUCAUAGAGACAAGAUUUCGACGAAAUAUUAUCCGGGUCAUAAACUUCGUUUCGAAGCGCGGAUGAAACGUGACAUGUUACGUGUUAAAAGCCUAGUCCGGCGAGUCUCCGGCGUCGGAGCCACCGCGGAGGGCGGCGCCGGAGGGAAAUAUGAAAUGGAGGAGUUCGGGUCGGAUGUGGUGUCGGGUAUGGAUCAGGGUAGUGGGGAGUAUUUUGUUCGGAUCGGUGUGGGCAGUCCGGCGAAAAGUCAAUACAUGGUCAUUGACUCGGGGAGUGAUGUUGUGUGGGUCCAGUGUCAACCAUGUACCCAAUGUUACCAUCAGUCCGACCCGGUUUUCGACCCGGCGAAGUCCGCUUCGUUUUCGGGUGUUUCGUGCGGGUCAUCAGUUUGUGAUCGUUUGGAGAAUUCGGGUUGUCAUCGCGGGCGGUGCGGGUACCAAGUUUCGUAUGGUGAUGGGUCGUAUACGAAGGGAACGCUCGCACUCGAGACCCUUACUUUCGGGCGGGCCAUGAUCCGAAACGUGGCGAUCGGAUGCGGGCACAGGAACCGGGGCAUGUUUAUCGGAGCCGCGGGUCUUCUCGGGCUUGGCGGGGGAUCCAUGUCUCUCGUGGGUCAAUUAGGUGGACAAACGGGUGGGGCGUUUAGUUAUUGUCUUGUGAGUCGGGGCACCGGAUCGUCCGGGUCAUUGGUUUUCGGACGUGAAUCAUUACCCGUGGGUGCUGCAUGGGUAAAUUUGAUCCGAAAUCCGCGUGCCCCGAGUUUUUAUUAUAUCGGGCUUUCGGGUAUCGGGGUCGGAGGCAUGCAAGUACCCGUACCCGAAAGUAUUUUUGAGUUGGGGAACGGAGGUGUUGUUAUGGAUACCGGGACAGCCGUGACCCGGUUUCCGACAGCUGCUUACGUGGCAUUUCGUGAUGCUUUUAUAUCGCAAACUGCCAGCCUUCCAAGAGCACCCGGAGUGUCCAUAUUUGACACAUGUUAUAAUUUAAACGGGUUCGUAACGGUUCGGGUACCCACCGUAUCGUUUUAUUUCACGGGUGGUCCGAUCCUAACCCUCCCUGCAAGGAACUUUCUUAUUCCAGUUGAUGAAGUGGGAACCUUCUGUUUUGCAUUUGCUCCAUCUCCAUCCGGACUAUCCAUAAUAGGGAAUAUCCAGCAAGAGGGGAUCCAAAUAUCCAUUGAUGGAGCCAAUGGGUUUAUAGGGUUUGGUCCUAAUGUAUGUUAAGUGUAGUUUUCUAUAUAUAUAAUUUUGCCUAUGUUAAAGUUGUAGAAAAAGUGUGUAUAUAUAUAAUCAUCAUGAUUCUAAAAAUCGCCGAUUCAACCGAUCAAAUUUCUGCGGGUGUCCCCCCGAUUCCAUAUGUGUAAUAUUGUGCAAGUAGUAGUUGCAUGAAAUGGUCAAAUAGUAGUUGUAACUUGUAACUAAUAAGAUAAUGAAAUGUUCAUCUAUUUGUAGGUGUUAGUGUAUAUUCCUUUUUCUAAAGGAACAAGGGAAUGAUAUGAAUUUUAGCCCUUUUGAA